GGCCGGACGAGGCCACGCAUGAUCGAUAACUUGCCGUUAACUGCAAAGUCUCCCUCACCCUCCCAAGCCUUGGUCCAAGCCUCGUGCGCCUUUGGUUCGUUUGCGUUGCGUGGCGCCGAAAAUUCUGGUAGCCUGGCCUUGCACCGGAUGUGCUGUCGACGGUCAUCGUGAUCAGCCCGCCUUGUUUUGUUAUAUAAACCCUCUUACCCCAGAUGCUUUGUCUAGUACCACUACUACUACACUACUGCCCUGCCCAACCUGCCCAACCUGCCCUGACUUGACUUGAUCCAAUCUACCAUCAAUUCAACUUUUACACCAAAUUACAUCCACACCACCGCCAAAAUGGUCAACUUCCACAUCAGCGAACCUCACCCAUCCGCCUCCAACUACAUGUACUCUGGUCGUGGCGGUGCCGGCAACGCCAUGCGCGUAAAGCCCACCGAAAUCACACCAGGCGCUACUGCCUCUGGCCCAGCCUCCCGCACCAAGCUGCCUCCUCCACCAUCAAACGCCUUCUAUGCUACCGGCCGUGGCGGUGCUGGCAAUAUGCGCAAGUCCGAACGUGCCAUCUUCAGCUUCGACGAGGAGCUCCAACAGCAAGAGCGUCUGCGCUCCCAGCAAGCCCCCGUCUACCACAUUGGCCGCGGCGGCGCCGGAAACCUCGUCGAGGAGAUGAAGCCCCGAACCCACCGCCAGAGCUCCUCUUCUUCCGCCUCCAGCUCCUCGAGCGUCGAGAGCGAAAAGGACGGUGUCCGAAGGAGUGUCGAGCACGCAUGGCAGCGUCUCAGCAGGCAAUUCUCUCAUUAGACUUUUGCUUUGCCUGUCUCUGACCCUUCCAUUCGAUUUCACUUCUCUGUCACUAUUCAACAUUCACCUCUCUACGACCAUCCAGAUCUGAGAGCUGGUCCUGAUUCUCUCUCAUCAACCUCCCUUUUCCAUCCAUUAGCAACGGCGUUUCCCCAGAGCAAGUUUCUUCUUGCUCCAACUGUAUAACGAACGAACAAAAAGUUUACAUUUCCAUUCUACUACUCUAC